AUGCUUCAGGGUCUCAUGAAGACCCUCGAGCUAGAAAACCAAGAAUGCGUCCUCCGCGAGGAGGGGAAGAUGAUGGUCGGCAUCAUUAUCGACGCAAUAAAGCCUGCUGGCCUCCAGGAGGUCGUGAAGGAGCAGAUUGCCAUGCAACGUAACAAAUCAUCGAAGAAGGACGUGUUCAAUUGCCCCCACGCAACCCCCGAAGAGGCUUCGGAAGUCCUGCGUGCAAGCUGA